AUGUCAGCAGCAUUAACGAAGAAACAGCAAAAGUUAGCAGCUUUUCGAAAUAAGCAAAAAACCAAAAAAGCAGGUGCGACAGAGGAAGUUCAACCUGAUUUGCCUGAAGAAGAUUUAUUGGAUGACGCCGAGGAAGAUGCUGUGGUAAUUUCGCAAUCAGAUGACAAGAAGCAGAAGGGCAAGUCAGGCGAUACCGAAGCUGUGGAUGACAAGGUCAAGGAUGGAGAUAAAAGUACGACAGUCGAUAAAGGGAAAAAGAGAAAAACUGCGUGGGACGAAGAUGAAGAUGGAGAAGCAAAGAAAAAGAGUAAAAAAGAUAUCAAGCAGAGAUUCAUCCUUUUCGUGGGUAAUUUAAGUUUUAAAACUACUAAAGAAGAAAUACAAUUGCAUUUUGAACCUACUUUAGGUCAAAAGCCUGCUGUCAGACUGUUGACAUCGAAACCUACACCUGGACAGUCAGCGCCUAAAUCGCGAGGAAUAGCUUUCUUGGAGUUACCAACUUCAGCAGCUAUGCAAUUGGCUCUCAAAUUGCAUCACUCGAAUUUGAAAGGCAGAACAAUCAAUGUCGAGUUGACCGCAGGUGGUGGCGGUGCAGGUGAAGAUAGGAAGAGAAAGAUCGAAGAGAGGAAUAAGAGAGUCGGAACUCAGCGUGAAAGAAAGGCUGAAAGAGAGAAGGAAGAAGGUGGUGAAGAGGGUGAAAACGCCAAUGCGGAGCAAGAUGGAGAAGUAGACGGGAAAGAUGGAAAACAACGGACAAGAGGUGGUAGACGAGUCAAGUCAAAAACCAAGCCUGACAACGCCUCUGCUCCUGUACCCAAACGACCUCGAUCCGAUGCUUCAGGCUCAAAUGGUGCCCUCACAGGUUGGGCUUCGAGACAAGCAGGAACAAUAUCAGCUGUACCCAGUUUCAACUCGUCACGACCGCCUAGGAGGGACGAUAACGGUGGAAGGCGAGAUCAAAAUGCUAAUGGACGAGACAAAUUCCAAAAGAAGAAAUGGACUCCUACAGGAGCUAACGCUCAGCCUGUCGGAUAG